AUAUUUGGUGCGUUGGUUGUACACAAAACGAUAAUUGGAUUCUCGUUGGGAUUACGAUUGGUACAAAGUAAAAUGCGUGUCUUUACGGUGAUCGUUUGUUGUGGCAUAUUUUCGGCACAAGUUUUGAUCGGUGGAUUCAGCGGAUUGGCCGUGUUGGAUUUGGUUAGUGCCGGAUCGCAGUACAAUGCUGCCCUAGUUUCGGGUGGUGCUCAGGUUUGA